AUGAGUACUGAUUCUUCGAAUUCUGUAAUUGAUUAUGAAGAUAAUAAUGAAAUCUAUGAAUGUAAGAAAAGUAAUUCAUCAACGAGUACCCAUUCAGAUAAUUAUAUAAAUUCACCAUUCCAAAAAAAAGGAAAAGAACUCUCAACUUCUGGAAAAUGGAAGUGUAAAAGAUGUCCAUCAAAAUAUGGAAAGAACACUAGUACCUCAACAUUAAGGCAACAUCUGAAAGUGCAUGAUAUUGUUGCACUGAUACAAAAAAAAAAUAAAUCUGCAGUUAAAAAUCAUUAUAUUUCUUAUUCGACGAAAGAAUGGCAAGAGCAUGAUGAUGCUAUAACAAAAUGGAUAUUGUAUGAUUUGCAACCCUUUACUGUUAUUAAAUGCAAAGAAUGGCGGGAUAUGAUAAAAAAAUUUGACCCAUGUUAUCAAUUUCAUAAUCAUCACAUAGAAAAGGAUCAUGUUGUAACUCUAUUUGAAAAUAAAAGAGAACAAGUAAAAUUAGUACUCUCUCAAAUUCCCGGAAAAGCAUCGUUCACCUCUGAUAUGUGGAUUGCAUCCAAUAAUAUUAUUCCAAUAGAAGUGCGUCAUACAGGCUCCAAUAUGGCUAAUAUUAUAAUGAAUGUCCUUAGUGAAUUUGAACAUGCUACUCAUUUUUUAUCUGCAUCAAACUACCUAACAUAUGGAGAUGUUCGAUUUGUUGUUUUUGGAAUUCAUGAGCAUUUAUCUCGAUAUAAAGAUAAUUCUGAUUUCUCCAAAGCUCAAAUGGCCAAAAUGAUGUAUCAUAAAUUAGAAAGCUACUGGUUAAUUCUUGAUGAUUCUUCUCAAAUCUUGACAUUUCUCGAUCUACGUGUAAAACUAUCUGUGUUCGAAACUGAAAAUGAGAAAAAUAAAGUAGUUGAUUUAGUUUCUGGAUUAAGUGAAUAUAUAUCUGAAACAACUUAA